GCGUAGUUACUUUUGUAAUGGAAUUACUAACCUAGAAACGCAAUUAUGGGCGUAUAAAAGAAUUACUACAGUAUUUGUAGCAUUCUGUUAUAAAAAAAAUCUUUCAUAAGGAAGCUAUAACGGAGCUAAUGAAGAAAAAGAUGAAAUUUUGAAAAAAAUGUUAGAUAUUUCGUCCAUUGUACGUAAGAAUACGCGCAGUCGCAGAAGGGGACAGGGUUAUCACUCAACCGCCAAGAGGAGGAUGGUUCGCAGUGUUGAGUAGUAGAAAGAAAGGUCGUGUUGUUUCAUUGGAGACCAGGAUUCGUUUUUUAAUCUUAUGAGAGGAAACGGUACGAUGACAAGUGACAUCGAUUCACGUUGUUACGUGCGCUACGCGGGCACGUCUGUGGAUAAUGUCAGGACUAAGUGUACGAGUUGUGACAAUGAGUUGUGAUCCUAGUAGUCAGCCUUUGUUUGAUAAAAGAGCCCUUAUCGGGCACUCGUCCUUUUCCUGGUCGUUUACGUUGUUAUUCGGUAACACCGGUCUCUCGACACGGUCAAUCGUGGAAUGGCAGCAGCCUUAAAAAAGAAUCAUUCACGUAGAAGGUUGGCCGCCCUAACGUUUCUUUCGAACAUCUCCCUCGAUGGCAGCCACCGCGACACCAAGUUAGCUAUUUUAUCGCGAAAUGGUGCUGUCCAUGCUCGUACCCUCAGCGACAGUCAAGCACAUCGGGCUGAUGUUCGUCAAACCGAUCUGGACGUUUCCAGCGAGGAAGUUCUUGACGACUGCACAGAGGAGCAUGCAACACAUCCAUCUGCGAAGCAGUCAUCCUCACCACAAUUGACAUCGAAGAAUGCUGAACACAAUUCGUUUAGUUCAAACUCUGAUGGGGUGUUGACUCCUGCGAAGGCAGCAGUGGCUGCUUUUCUUGAACAGGAAAGAAAUUAUCCACAGCUCUCUACUGGAUUUCAUAGUUCGUUCAGAGAACGUACUUGUACUACUGGCAGUGAAUAUUCGUUACCUGAAAGGCGAGUAGGCUCUUUACAAUAUAAAAAGCGUAUAACUCAUCAAACAUCUACGCUUUCUGAAGACAUAAAGCAUCAAUAUAACAGUUCCAAUGAGAGCAUUGGUUCCUUACGUUCGAAAACACAAUCCUCUAAAUCGAAAACAAAGACAUCGAACAAUGUGCAAUCUGUUUGUACAAACAGUGGCAUAAUACCAGAAGUCACGAGAGAGUUGCGUUUAAUGCAACAUCCUGUAAAUGGCCACAAAUUUGGAGAUGACAGACUAGUUUUGGUUUCUAAUAAGCAUGUACCGUUUCUAGUAUUUUCUGCUCUUCCAUAUAAUAAAGGACAAAGAUCCAGUUGGUCUGAAUUACGCAAGGAUACCGGGCGAAGAAAAAAUAUUAGUUCGCAACGACCGUUGUCCGCAAUUAAUGAUAAUAUCGAUCCUUUUGGUUUGUUAGGUAUAGAGCGUGCUAAGGACGGCCAGGAAAUAUCUUAUGGGCAAUUGCUUGUUCCAUCUAGGCAAUUUCAAAAGGAUAAAAAAUUACAUUUUAGCGAUAACGAGGCAAUAGAACUUACGCAUGUUAUACCUAACAAGCAUCCUAUGGUUUCAAGGACAAAAACUAUUACAUGGAAUGUGGAUCACUCUAAAUGGUGUUUAUCUUAUGAUACAGCCACACAUCGUACUCAACAUGUAACACCCGAAUCUCCACCAUUAUCAUUUAGCGCUGACUCGAAAGUUUAUGACUGGGACGAACAAUCGCUACAAUACAAUCCCAAUUUAUUAGAUGAUCCAGAACUCAUAGCUGGAAAGCAUAGAACAUUACUCACAUUUACAUCUUAUAUGGCAUCAGUUAUUGAUUAUGUACGGCCAUCUGAUUUGAAGAAAGAAUUGAAUGAUAAAUUUAAAGAAAAGUUUCCGCAUAUCCAACUCACUUUGAGCAAGCUAAGAAGUUUAAAACGAGAGAUGCGCAAAAUAGCAAAAACGGAAUAUGGAAUUGAUCUUCUAACGGUAGCAAUGGCUUAUGUAUAUUUUGAGAAACUUAUUCUUCGCAAUGUUGUCACGAAACAAACACGAAAAUUAUGUGCUGGUGCAUGUUUACUACUAGCAGCGAAACUAAACGAUGUAAAGGGCGAUGUUCUUAAAUCAUUAAUAGAGAGAAUUGAAAGUAUAUUCCGUUUAAAUCGCAAGGAUUUGAUUACGUCUGAAUUUGCUGUUUUGGUGGCCUUAGAAUUCGGUUUACAUCUUCCUACAUGGGAAAUAUUUCCGCAUUAUCAAAGAUUGAUAUACGAGUCUUGAUCUUCUUUUAUGCCGUUUUUUUUACGUAGAUCCAGAACACUUUUAACAUAGAAUUAAAAUUUUCUAAACAAUUGGAUAAAAAGUACAACAUGCAGGAAUUUUGUAUACAAAAUCGUAAAAAGAUAUGAACAACCGAAUCAGAAUUUCAAAAUGAAUAGAUAUGAUUACGAGAAAAUUCGUUAUUUUAAAGUACAAUGAGAAUACGUAUAUCAACUAUAUUUGAGCGUAAAGGGCUGUAAGAAUUACAAACUGCAGUGUGUAUUUCUCAUCUUUUAACAAAUUGAACGUGUUUAAAUGUUUUUCUCUUUAAAUACUUACUAAAUUUUUUAUUUGAUUGAUCCUCUUUUAAUAUUGUGGAUUAUUAUUAAUAGUACUUACUAUAAUUAUUUUUUUCGAAGGUAUAGUAUCGUAGAGAAAUACUCGUAAAAAAGUACUCGUAGAAAAAUAUGGCGUUAGUUACUUAUGCAUAUAAAGUAAAUUUGGUAGCGCAUAAAAGCUACAAGGAAAAUGUGACGAAUACAGACGUUAUAGUCCACAAGGGUUCUCCAGAUCUUAAAAAAAGUAAAUAUAAAUAUUUUAUGAUAUGAUUUCUUUAUGUCUGAUGUCAAUUCUUUUUGUUUUAAGAUGUUUUUAUUUUUAAAAAGACUAUAGCUUUAAUAUAUAAUAUACAUUUAAACGUGAUAAAACCAUUUAUUUAUCAAAGAGUGAAAAUCUUUUGAUUGCAUAAGCGUCAGGCAGCUGAUUAUAUAAAUAUUAACAAAUAAUAAGAAAACUAAUAAAAGAAAGUAAUAAUUGGGUAAAUAAUUCUUUUUUUAUAGAUUAGGCAGAUUAUGUUCGAACGUUACUAAUUUUGAAAACGUUGAAAUUCUAUAGGAUAUCAUAAUUGGGGAAAUUAUGUUUUGCUUUAAUCCAUAUUAUUUUAUUCUUGUAAUUGUUUGCACAAUUAAUUUUCUGAGCUAUUUAAAUGGAAAAUUUCAAAUUACAUUUUAGCUGUUCCUUUUAUCCCGUUUCGUUACGAGAUACGUUUUUUUUAAAUGCGAGUACAGCUAUUUUCUCAUCUGUUGUCUUUUUAACUAGUCAAUGCAAAAAUGUACUUUGUUUGAAUUGUUUGAUGUUCCCCGCGCGUUGGAAUUAAAAACUAAUACAGGGAAUAAUUUUUGUUAAUUUGUUUAGUAUAGAACACUAACAAUAAAUCAUUGCCUGAUACAUGGAUUUUAAGUUUGACGGUGAUAUUUAUGUGUACAGAUGGUAAAAAAUCAGAUAAAGUGAAAAAGUUAUUACUUUUCCGAACUAUUUGCAUUAUACAACUUUUCUUAAAGCAGUUUAAGUAUAGGAUAUGUGUCUAUCGUAUAAUGUUAAAUAGAUCGAAGUAUUGGGGAAGUAUAUACAUUAAUGAGCGAAACAAUAUACGAUAUUCAGACAAAAAUAAGAUUAUUGAAUAUGCUUGUGACGCUGUUUUUUAACGAGACAAGUUGGAAUGAUUGUAGUGUAAAAUAUUUAAAAGUUGUGUAAUAUAUGUUAAUAUCAUUAAGUAUUCUUUAAAAUCCAAAGUAAAACACCAUAGUGUGGUGCUAUAUAGUGUAAAGUUUUAUUUCGUAGCAUAUUUCCCGUAAUCGUACUUACUUGAUAGAUAAUAUAGAAGAAUUUACAGAAGAAUACAACAAGUUUGUUGAAUAGUUAUUUUUCUAUUGUUUAUUUUUUUCAGUUUUCGUUUAUGUUAUUUGAAUAUAUACAGAAGUAAUUUAAGUUUCUGGCAUAUCAGUUAUUGCACUACAAAAAAAAAAGGAAUUUUAUUCUAAUAACCUUUGUGGAAUUUAUUUGCAACUUUAAGUUCUAAAAUAUUUAUUUUUUAUUAACGCAAAAAAGUACUUAUGUAUUUUGUAAAGUACAUGUACAGAAAUCGAUGACAGUAUUUAUGAUGUUUGUAUGUUAAGUUUACAUUGGAAGUUCUAUAAUAAUAUGUUAUAUCUUCAAAUUAAUUCUAUUAGAGAUACGCAUCUGUUUUACUACUCUGUAUAUAUAUAUAUAUAUAUAUACACAUACAUAUAUGAUAGUAGGACUAGUAACGUGAAAUUAAGGGUAUAAAAAUUCCUAUUUUAACAUUUUAGAAGUCUUAUUAUUUGAACAAUUUGUAUCAAGUUACAAAUAUGAGCAAGUGUCAAGAAGAAAUAUCUUGAAAUUGAUCGUAUCCUUGUGUUGGAAGUCAUCUAUUUUAACGAUUUUCUUUUUUUUAUUGAAUAAAACGAAUUAGCUCUUUGCACUACUUCAUAUAAAUAUCUUGCUAGUAUUUUCUGCUCAAGUAAGUUUAUUUGUGUAAAAUGGGUUUACUUAGUUAUAUUGUAUUAUAUGUAUACUUAUCAAAAGUGCUGUAUAUGACUUAUGUUCUUCUAGAAAUAUCGUCACUAAGUUUGAAUUAUUGUUACGCGAUUAAUGCGAUAUUCUUAACAAUAUACUAACGAUUUGCGUUUAUGAUGUAGGCUUUUUUCCUAUUUCCUAUAGAUUUUUCUAAAACCAAUUGUCAGUACAACGUUCGGUUAUGUAGUAAGGCAUUACUGGCAAGGAUAUAGAUCGACGAUUUUUUUAACCGAUCUGUAUAUCUGACAAGUCCACAAUAUCAUUCACAAUUAAUAUCAUGCUUAAUCAUCUCUCCUGUUAAAUAUGAAUCUGUAUCCUUGCCUGUAGUAUGGUAAGACAGCGAAUGUGAUUUGUAUUGCGAGCUGAUAUGUUCUGUAAGAUUGAGAAAUUAGAAUACGCGUGUAUAUAAAUACACCGUUCAUGUACAAGUAUUUUACAGUCAGAGAAGUGGAUUAACUGUACAUUUUUUUUUCUACUUUAUUAUAGACUCUAGUUCCCCGAGACUUUUUAGAAUUAAUUUCCAAUGGGAACCAUCCCAUUUGGUGCCAUAACAAAUCAAGUAUAUAGUUCAUAUUACUCUUUCAAGAUAGCAAUACAGCUAUAAUUCUGUGUAUACUUAUCCUUCGUUUUAAAGUUUUGUUCAAACCAUAUUAGUACCUAUAUUCGAGGAACCACACCCGACUUAGGGAAUGUACUUGGUCUUGUACAUAUUUCUUAGCAUUAAAAACAAGUAUUUAUCCUUAUCAAAUGUGUUUAUCGCGUGUAAACAGAUUUACACAAAACUGAGUACGAUAAAAUAGGAUGUUCAGGGUAACUCGACGUAGAAUCGCGAAAGGUCAAAUCGCUGAUUUCGCUAUCCAAUACUUUUACCUUGUUUUUGCUGGAAUUCUUUAAAAUAGACUUAGUCUGCCGUAAUUGUAAACCCUUUAUAUAUACACAUCAAAUUUGUACGUGUAGAUACCAGCAUACGCCCCACGUCUAUAUGCAUACAUACGUACAUUCAAUUCUCUUUUUACAUGGGAGAUACGUUCCACGGAACACCUUGCAACAAAAGAUUCAUCGCUUGCGACAAAAUACAGAAUUCGUUUCGUAACUUUGAGGCAAAGGAUCUAAUAAAACAUGUUGACAUAUGUAUGCAUUUAGUUGCGCUGAAUAACACAAAUCUCGAUGCAAUGUGUAGAGUGGCUAGACCAUAGAAAACAGCGGUAUCCAAACUAUCGUGGAUAGCGCUCUUUCAAAGAAAGAAAGUAUCGUUCAAGAUAAUUGGCAUGUUUAAAAUGACAAAAAAUGAAUAUACUUUCACAGUUAUUAAAAAGAAAUGUUUAUAGAGGGCUGUGUAAAAAGAGAAUCGAGCGUAUGGACUUGUACAUACAGCUUUAAGACUGAAAACUUAAGUAAACCGGUUUUCAGUUUCCUUCUUCGAUUUUCCUUGUCGAUGUGAACGUUAAACGCUAUACCCGAUAUCUAGACUGCGGAUGUUUAUACAUUCGUGGCAAGUGAAAAUAUGGGAAAAUCCAUAAGAAAGAAUGAAAAAAAAAAGAA